CGCAUCCUCGCCUUCGCCGGCUUUGUUCUACUCCCGACGGCGUCUUCCUCCCCCGCCUUGUCGAUCCCCGAUCCCGUUUCGACGGCCGCCGUUCACUGUGCCAUCGUAUGUGUAUGUAUUGUUCCAUCCGUCGCACCGCCCGGCUCGGACGAUAGCAUCACCCCGAGAUUGGAGUGGGCUAGAGAUCCAUCUUGCCGAUAAAGGGACUUGGUCGGGUGCGAGGGAGGAAGGGAUGACGAAGAAUGAUGGGAACGCAAACAAGAAGUUGAAGAUCGCCAUCAUCCACCCCGAUCUCGGGAUCGGUGGUGCUGAAAGGUUGAUUGUCGAUGCAGCCGUUCAACUAGCAUCGCAUGGGCAUAGUGUUCACCUUUUUACAUCACAUCAUGACAAGAAUCGAUGUUUUGAGGAGACUGUUACUGGUCCUUUUUCCGUUAAAGUAUAUGGUGGGUUCCUGCCUCGCCACAUAUUCUACCGCUUUCAUGCAUUAUGUGCAUAUCUUCGAUGUAUUUUUGUUGCACUCUGUGUUCUUCUUUUAUGGCCUGCAUUCGAUGUUAUACUGGCGGACCAGGUCUCUGUUGUCAUUCCACUGCUGAAACUAAAACGGUCGACAAAGAUAUUAUUCUACUGCCAUUUUCCUGAUUUGUUGCUGGCACAACACACAACUAUGCUUAGGAGGAUAUACCGCUGUCCAAUUGACAUGAUCGAAGAAGCAACUACAGGUAUGGCAGAUCUAAUCUUAGUCAACAGCAAAUACACUGCAUCUGUAUUUGCCACAACCUUCUGUCGAAUCCAUUCAAGAGGAACUCGUCCUGCUGUACUCUAUCCAGCAGUUAAUGUUGAACAGUUUGACGGGCCUUGCACCUACAAGUUGAAUUUCCUUUCAGUAAACCGCUUUGAAAGGAAAAAGAACCUUCAAUUGGCGAUAUCAGCAUUUGCAUUUCUUCGUUCGUUUGGAAGUGCACCUCCUAGUUAUGCCGAGGCUACAUUGACAAUUGCAGGUGGCUAUGAUAAACGCCUCAAGGAAAAUGUUGAGUACCUAGACGAACUAAAGAGGUUGGCAGAAGUCGAGGGAGUAUCAGAACAUGUUGAAUUUGUUACAUCUUGCACAACAGCAGAAAGAAAUAAAUUACUCUCAGAAUGCAUCGCUGUUUUGUACACGCCAAAGGACGAACAUUUUGGUAUUGUGCCUCUGGAAGCAAUGGCAGCAAGCAAACCUGUAAUUGCAUGCAACAGCGGGGGGCCAUUGGAGACCAUCAAACAUGAUGUCACAGGGUUUCUUUGCGAACCCACCCCUUUUGAAUUUGCACAGGCCAUGUCGAAGCUUCUGACUGACCCUGAGAUGGCUGUGAGGAUGGGCAAAGAGGCAAGAGAUCAUGUUACCCAGCAGUUCUCUACCAAGGCAUUUGGGGAACAGUUGAACCACUCGGUUCUUGAUGUCUACCACCACAGGAUCGAGUAAAAUUACAACCGGAAGUGAUGGUGACUUGUUUUUGCUUUAUGGAGUUAUCUCGAGCAUAUAAUAUCCACUUUCGGUUUAUUAUUUUUAGAUCUUCGGGCUAGAAUUAUGCCAGUUUAACCAAAUAUACUUAUCUAUCAAGAGUCUCAGAUCUGAAUCAAUUCAUGUAUUAUCUUCUUUUGCUUAAUUUUCAGAAGAAUAUAUAGCCCACGGUACAGGGAUGGGUUACAUGAC